AUGGACAUGGACGAGGACACCAAGGCUGCGUACGAGAACAAGUGCCAGGAGAUACGCGCAGAGCUCAAGCGUUGGGAGAAUGACUGGACGCAAACCCACGACGGGAGCAAACCCGGGCGGCAGGAUAUCAAGGACAACCCGGAUAUUGCAAGGCGUUACAAGGAUUACAACAGAUACCGCGACCUGCUCUCCGGGAAGCUUCCGUUGCCACGCUCAAACUCAGACGCAAAGCCCCCGAAGCGGAAGCCGGAUGCCGCUCCUGCGUCCGCGCCUGCGGAAACCCCCCUCAAGCGGACGAGAUAUGCCGAGACCCCUUCCAAGCAGCGGGCCCCGGAUGAGGAGCUCAUGAACACGCCAGCCAUAGCGAGGAAACUGUUCAGUCCGGCGCCCGUGACGUCCCUCGGGCCCACGCCGCAACGGGACGGCCGCGUCCUGGGCCUGUUCGACCUCCUGGUCGAGAGAGAGCUGCACACACCCUCCAAACACAACACGGCCAAAGCGAGCGGCACGCCCAGCCGGCGCAGCAGGAAUGCCCCAUUGACGCCACGCAAGCGCACCAGCUCGGACGAGCCGGGCAGCGCGGCGAAACUCGGCCAAACGCCCAUGUCGGCAAGCAAGAAGCAAAUGCUGAGCGCGUUUGCCACGCCAAGCAGGACCCGGCGAGGCAGCUUCGGCAGCAGGAGGACGCCGUCCUCGGUCUCCAAGCUGCAGUUCGACACGCCGGCCUUCUUGAAGCGGCACUCUCUGCCCGCCGUGGACGAAAACGCCGUCCUUGCCGAUCCGGCGCCGUUGAGGCUGCCAAGGAAACCCCUCGUCCGCGGACUGAGCGAGAUUGUCGCCAGCUUGCGCAGGGUGGAGGAAGAUGCGCUCGAUGACGACCUGGAGGCUCUUCGCGAGGUCGAGGAAGAUGCUGCAGGGCAGUCUGGGCCAGCAAAGUCUCCAGCAGGGAGACCCUCCGGAGCAUCUGCACCCGCCGUCGGGCCGCCUGGAGUAGCGCCCAGGACCCGUCCGGUCCUUCUAGGUGCGUUUGACGAUGAGGACAUGUACGACAGCCCCGUCGAGGAUUCUGUGGGCCGGGACGGCAACCCGCUGCCAGUAUUCAAGAAGAAGGGUCAGAAGAGGACGACGCGAAGGGUGAACAUGCGGCCCACCAUGAAGAAGCGGCCGGGGGAUGCAUCGCAGGAGCCCGGGAGCGAAGACGCGCGUGACGAGGACGCCGUUGCAGAGACUCAAAACGCCGCUGCGCCAGAUGGCGGCUCGACCGCGCAAGACGCUGGUGGAAGCAGCGACGACGAGGCAGCCGCCAAGCCCGCCGCCAAAACCAAGGCCAGCACCAAGGCAGCAGGGCCGGUGAAGAAGGCGGUAAGAAAGGUCAACGAGCUUGCACACGCCAACUUCCAGCGGCUGAAGCUGAGGAACAACGGGGCAAAGGGCGGUCCGGGGCACAAUAGCCGCUUCCGUCGCCGGCGGUAA